AGGCAGUUCAAAUAGAAUGCUUCUGCGCCAAGUGACAGGGGCAGCAAAGCUUAUGCUGCGCGAUACAUCAAAUGUUCCAUGUUUCCAGACAUUCCUCCAGGGAUGUUUAUUGCCAUCCGAUUCCGUCUCGUUUUGGGCCACAUCUGGGAGUGUUGGAAGCUUAGAAGAUGCUCGUACACGCGGCUACUGGGAUUUCGGUGGAACGCCUCACGCGAAGUCUUUUGUGGAGACAUGUGCUCCAUGCGGUGAAUCGCUCCGCAACCCCGUACCGAAAACGCAAAGACCUCCGAUGCCUUAGAAGAGUCUGCAGACGCCAUCUGCAAGCGAGCACUGCGUGAAGGCUUGGGGCCAACUCUACAACUAACUUGCUGGAUGUAGGUGCUUGCUUACGCGGGGCAGGAGUUGUUACAAGAAGACGGCAGUCUAUAGUACUACCCAUCCGGUCUUCGGUCAAACAAGCGUUUCUCGUCAAGCAUCCUCUCAUACUGAACUCUCGCACAAUGAAGCUUGCUCUCUCUAUCUCGCUGGUUGCUGCUGCUCUGUCCUUCGAGGCAGUGGCACUACCAAACAAAUACUCAGAGCCACAUCCAUUCUUCGACAAGAGAGGCAUGCCAGCGCGCUUUGAAGUCACGAGUCACGAGACUAUCAAUGGCGUCAAAUCCACAACCGUCCAGAACAAAAAUAUGUCUGCGCUCUACGGUAUAUCUCAAGCUCCUCUUCUGAUGACCGCUCUCUGAUAGAGACCUUUGUAGAGAUUCCCGACGAUCUAAAGAACUGGCCUUGGUGGUGCAGCGAAGACCGAAGCUAUUGUAACGCUGAUUGGGCUCCCACAGUGGGUGAGGGGAAUGCACUCGCACAGUGGUACGAGACACCUGCACGUUGCUCUGACUUACACUAAAUUUUAAUCCGUGUGUAGGCUGGAGGACAGGGGAGAUGCGGACUGUACCAUCCAGCGACCUCAGAAUUCGAAC